GGGGAGGUACGGGUUUGAGGGGAGGGGGCGGGGCGGGUUCUUCCUUGGGGUGGGGGGAGGGGCGGGGGCCCAUGUGACCGGCUCAGACCGGUUCUGGAGACAAAAGGGGCCUAAGCGGCCUUAGCGGGACAGGCCGUAGCGGGAGGGAGCGAGAAGCAUCGCACCGGCAGUGAGCGAGAUGCAGCACCGAGGCUUCUUCCUUCUAGUCCUUCUUGCCCUCUUGGCGGUCACGUCCGCGGUGGCCAAAAAAAAAGAGAAGGUGAAGAAGGGCAGCGAAUGUUCGGAGUGGACCUGGGGACCCUGCACCCCCAGCAGCAAGGACUGCGGUAUGGGUUUCCGCGAGGGUACCUGUGGGGCCCAGACCCAGCGCAUCCAUUGCAAGGUGCCCUGCAACUGGAAGAAGGAAUUUGGAGCCGACUGCAAAUACAAGUUUGAGAGCUGGGGCGCGUGUGACGGCAGCACUGGCACCAAAGCCCGCCAAGGGACCCUGAAGAAGGCUCGGUACAAUGCCCAGUGCCAGGAGACCAUCCGCGUGACCAAGCCCUGCACCUCCAAGACCAAAUCGAAGACCAAAGCCAAGAAAGGAAAAGGAAAGGACUAAGUCAGGAGGCCAGAGAGCCUCUGGACUUGCCUGGGGCCGGAACAGAGCCCUCCUCUCCCACAGGCCCAAGAUAUAACCCACCAGUGCCUUUUGUCUUCCUGUCAGCUUUGCCAAUCACGCCUGCCCUCUCUCGCCCACACCAAGUGCCCAAAGUGGGGAGGGACAAGGGAUUCUGGGAAGUGAGCCUCCCCAUACCCUCUUUUGUUCUCCCUGCCCUGAUACCUGUUAAGAAAUGAAUAAAAUAAACUCACUUUUUUUCCAA